UUCCCUCCCGGAAAGCGCCGGCGCCGAAACUUGAGUUCCGUCCCCGCGACUGAUUCCGCCGCUCCUCCGUGAGCGAUCGAUCGACGAAGAUGGAGGCCGGUGCUUCGUCCUGUGGCGGCACGGCGGCUCUGGUUACCGAGGCUCAGUUUACGCAGCUUUUCAGGAAACUCUUGAGGAGAGAAGGGAUUUUGAACUCCCUUUAUCGAGUGCAAAAACUUCCUGAUGGGACCACAGCGUUGCCUAUACUUGGCCAAAGCUUCACAGCGCAGCACCUUCAACAACUCAAGGAGAGCAUACCACAUGGAAAGGCCUGCGCUCUGACAUGGAUCCAUAAUCCUAUUCCUUCGAAAGCAGUUAUGGUACGUUCACCCGUUCAGAAACUGCACAGCGAGCUACAACACCUCAUGUCAAUCCACGGUGCUGCGUGGUCAGAAGAGCUGGAGAAAGAUCUGCCCCGGUCCUGGCAAAGGCAUGGGGACCUUGUUCUUCUAAGCGAGGAUUGCUUUAGAGCAAAGCAGUGGAGAGAAUUGGGCCAAGGACUUUGGCAGGCGGUUGCUGAUGCUUUGGGGGCCCGGCGUUUAGCCAAACGGGGCCGAGUGCAGCCAGAUUUGUUUCGCUCUCCUGCUGUGACCCUGUUGCUGGGCGAGGAUGGUUGGGUUGAACAGGUGGACAAUGGAAUCAGAUACAGCUUCGACGUGACCCAGUGCAUGCUGUCUCCAGGAAACAUUACUGAGAAGCUACGGAUAGCCUCCAUGUUAUGCACAGGAGAAGUAGUGGUGGAUCUUUAUGCUGGGAUUGGCUACUUCACUCUGCCUUACUUAGUUCACGCUGGUGCCGCCUUUGUCCACGCUUGUGAGUGGAACCCCCACGCCGUGGAAGCUCUACGGAGGAACCUGCAACUGAAUGGCGUUCAGGAUCGCUGCCACGUUCACCAGGGGGAUAAUAGGAAGGUGGAACUACGGGGUGUGGCGGACAGAGUAAACCUGGGAUUGAUCCCGACCUCGGAGGAAGGGUGGCCAGUCGCUUGCCAGGUCUUAAGAAAGGAUGUCGGAGGGGUCCUUCACAUACACCAAAACGUGGAGGCUUUCCCAGGAAAGGCACGCGAGUUGUCCCAGCCACCGGAGCAGAAUCAGUCACGUGACCAGGGUCCCGCCCGAGCGAUAUCCUGUGGCCAAGAAGAUCGAGUAACUCUGAAGGACCACGAUGUUCUCCAGAAGGUUGCACAACCAUUCACGGCUUCAGCCAAACAAGAAUGGCAGGGCUGGGCAGAAGCCACGGCGACACGGAUCCAGACGUUGCUUCGGGACCUGAACAGGCAACCUUGGAAAACCCGAAUCUUGCAUCUUGAACGUGUAAAAUCGUACGCCCCUCAUGUAGACCAUCUAGUCUUGGAUCUAGAUUGCCGGCCGCUUGAGUAGCACACGGAGAACGUCUUCUCUCCGACUCAGGGGAAUCUUGGAAGAAGCAGAGUAUGGGUAUCACAUUCUGGAUCUUCACAAGCUGCUUCCCACUUUUUGAAUCCUGAAGUUGGUGGCUGGUGGUGUUACAUAAUUUUUUUGGGGGGGGGGGUUGUGAAUGCAGUCAGAACUUUAAUGAAACCUUGAACCCCGGCGGGACUGAACAUAAGAAGGCGAUAAAAAUGAUUUGGACAGCUAGUUGAUGCCUGCUGGGUUCUACAAAGUAAGCAGCAAUAGCACUUAGACUUAUAUACCGCUUUACAGUGCUCUACAGCCCUCUCUAAGCGGUUUACAGAGUCAGCCUCUUGCCCCCAACAAUCCGGGUCCUCAUUUUACCCACUUCGGAAGGAUGGAAGGCUGAGUCAACCUUGAGCCUGGUGAGAUUUGAACUGCCAAAUUGCAGUUAGCCUGCAGUACUACACUCCCAACCAGUGUUCCACCAUCAAUCCUUCCAGCUUUCUUCCUGAGCUAUGCUAUUUGCUGGAGAUUCUACAUCAUAUCGAAUAACUUUUGGUGACCGUAGAUUUAACAUGGUUCUUUCCUACGAUGUCUGCAAAAAGGACAUAGGAAUUGUGGGAAAGAUUACAAACCACAUAAGCGAAAUCCAGCCAUUUGCACAAAAGCAUUUGUUAUUGCCAUUAUUGGUUGAAUAAUCCAAAAUAACUGGGUUCGUGCAUUAAAUUAAGCCGCAGACCAUGGUGUCAGCUCCCAUGACUGGAUUCACACAACGGUUAGAUUAAAAACAAGUCCAUAAUCAUGUUUAAUUGGCCUCGCACCACGAGAUGAGCAGCAUAUAAAUUUGGUAAAUAAAUGAGAAGCCAGCCAAACGUGGUUUUCCAGUGAACAAAAGGAGGACUAGUUCAUGCAAUAAUUAAUAGUUUGAUUCUAAUUCCUUCUGUCAUUUUGUGAAUGAGGAAGACAAUAGAAUAGAAUAGAAUAGAAUAGAAUUUUUUUAUUGGCCAAGUGUGAUUGGACACAGAAGGAAUUUGUCUUGGUGCAUAUCAGUGUGGGUUUCAAAUUUUUUAAACUACCAUCUGUGGGUGUGGCUUGGUGGACGUGGCAUGGCAUGGCUUGGUGGGCGUGGCUUGGUGGGCGUGGCAGGGGAAGGAUACUGUAAAAUCUCCAUUCCCACCCCGCUCCAGGGGAAGGUUACUGCAAAAUACCCAUUUCCUCCUGAUCAGCUGGAACUCGGGAGGCAGAGAAUAGAUGGGGGCAGGGACAGUCAGAACCAGUUCUUAAAAUUUCCGCCACCGGUUCUCCAGAACCGGUCAGAACCUGCUGAAACCCUCUUCUGGUGCAUAUGCUCUCAGUGUACAUAAAAGAAAAGAUACGUUCAUCUAGAAUCAAGGUACAACACUUAAUGAUACUCACAGGGUACGAAUAUUUAUUUAUUUUAUUUAUUUUAUUCGAUUUUUAUACCGCCCUUCUCCCGAAGGACUCAGGGCGGUGUACAGCCAUAUAAAAAAUCCACAAUAUACACAUUAAAACAAGAUUAAAACAAAACAUAUUACAAGGUGGCCGGAAUUUAAAAGCAAUUUAACAAACCUUAAAAUAUAAAUUACCCCAAUUAAAAUUUAAUAAAACUUUUAGGCCAGUCCCGCUUGAAUAAAUAGGUGCGUUUUCAGCUCACGGCGAAAAGUCCGAAGAUCAGGCACUUGACGUAAACCAGGGGGAAGUUCGUUCCAGACCGUAGGAGUUCCAACAGAGAAGGCCCUACCCUUGGGGGCCGGCCGCCAACAUUGUUUGACGGACGGCACCCUGAGAAGGCCCUCUGUGUGAGCGCACGGGUCGGUGGGAGGCAUGAGGUAACAGCAGGCGGUCCCGUAAGUACCCGGGCCCUAAGCCAUGGAGCGCUUUAAAGGUGGUAACCAAAAUCUUAAAGCGCACCCGAAAGACACCCGAAAGACCAAUAAGCAAUCAGGAAACAAUAUCAAUAUAAAUCGUAAGGAUACAAGCAGCAAAGUUACAGUCAUACAGUCAUAAGUGGAAGGAGAUGGGUUUGCAUGGCCGUUGGGGCAGCCUUAAUCUAAUUUUUAUCUUCUGAGAUAACAAUAGAAGCUGUGAACACAUAGUUAGGGCGAUGUCUAUGUUUAAAGGGUUGUGGUUGUUGCAUAUUUUUUUUUUAUCAGAACUCAGAACUAAUACCCAGGGAAAAGAAGUGAGUCAUAUGUUUGUUCUGUAGGUUACCAUCUUUAUCACCUUUCCAUACCAGGUUUGAACUAGAGUGUGGUUAGAUUAAAAGUCUUCAGUCACCGAUAUGCAAAAAAGGCAUUAUUAUGAUAGAAGUCCUUUGCGUUAUUGGAUUUUUGAGCGAAAUAUCAAUGUAAUUUGUAUUUGUAACUCUAAUGAAGAAAGUUAAAAGUUA